AUGUCUACCCAGCCGCCCUCCGAGGGCUCCACCGACAUCCUAUUUUCACCCCUUACACUGGGCGAUAUGCGUCUCUCCCAUCGUAUAGCCAUGGCGCCCAUGACCCGGAAUCGGGGCGUUGCCUCCUUGAAGAACCCCGGCACCUUCAUAGCCUGCCCUCUCAUGGAAGAGUACUACGCGCAAAGGACUACGCAAGGAGGAUUGCUUAUCAGCGAGGCUAUACCGGUUUCCAGGCAGGCGUCCGACCCAAACUCUGUACCUGGUAUCUUUACUGAAGAGCAAGUCGAAUCUUGGAAGCCUGUUGUGGAAGCAGUACACCGACUCGGAGGGCUCUUCGUUGCUCAGUUAUGGCACGCUGGUCGUACCAGAGUCGUACAGAAUGAUUUCCCGAUCAUCUCGUCCUCUGCCAUACCUAUGACCAAGACCUUCAUGGGUACGCCUGGCGUCGUUCCUCAGGCCAUGGCCAUCGAGGACAUCGAGCGGGUUAAAGAAGAGUAUGCUCAAGCCGCCGCCAAUUGUAUUGCAGCCGGGUUUGAUGCUGUCGAGCUGCACGCGGCAAACGGUUAUCUACCAGAAGCUUUCCUUCACUCCAACAUCAACAAGCGCACCGACUCCUAUGGCGGCUCUCUCCAAAACCGCAAUCGCUUUGUGGUUGAGCUUUGUGAUACCAUUGCCCAGGCUGUGGGGGCCAACAAGUUCUCUCUCCGUCUCUCGCCGUUUGGCUUCUUCAACGAAGCGCGCGGUGAACAGCGAGUCACCCAAUGGACACGACUUUGCCAGGAAAUCAGCGGACGAAACUGGGCAUACAUCCAUUUCAUGGAGCCGCGUUAUGAUGAGAUGAGUUCAGGGUCAGACAAGUUGAACGAGUUGGGAGGCGACGCGUCGUUGAAGCCGUUCUUGGAGGCAUUGGGAGGUCGGAUGCCGGUCAUCGUGGCGGGAGGAUAUGAUUGCGAGAAUGUGCGGACUUCCAAGGUCUUGGAGGAAGGAAGAGCGGACGUCGUUGCCUUUGGUCGAUACUUUACCUCAAACCCCGAUCUCGUGUACCGCCUCAAACACAAGCAACCUCUCGUUCAAUACAUACGCCCACGCUUCUACGGACCUUUCCCUGAUCCUGAAACUGCCUAUACCGACUUCCCCUUCUCCCCUGAAAACUCGACCACCCCAGAGAGAAAGGCUCUUUUGGAGACUGAGACUGCCAAGAACCUCAUUGUUGCCGAACCCGGGUGGCAGCUGUCCAAAUCUGGAGUACAGUGA